CUUCAGCCCUCAGUGUUUCUGAGGCUCUGCAGUGUCCACAGCAUGUAAAUGCCCUGAUCUCCAUGAACGCUCCUCAGGAGACCCGACUGCCAAAGUCCAGCAGCUGAUGAUCCAGAGUGACUCCGGCUGGUUCAGUGUCAGUUUGGGGAACGUUACAUGUUCACUGUGAAGCUUCAACAGAAGGAGGAGAGGAGAUAAAGAAGAAGAGCAAAGCCGUCAGAACGAUGAGAGAACUCGUUCAUGUUCUGUCCAGAGAAAAUCACUUUAAUUUGAAGUGAGACGACAAACACUUGGAUUCUUCAAAUCUGACAGGAUUCUGGAUUUAAUCUUUGUUCAUGACGACCGGAGAGACUGAGGAGACAUGUGGAGGACAGCAGGAGGCAGGAAGAAGAGAAGAAGGAGGGAACAUGAAGGUGUCUCGCUCUUUCACUACUCUGAGCACCAUCGCCAUUCAGGCCGGCCAAUCACUGCUGGUCAUCUCUGUCCUCAAGAGUGGGUUUCUGGUCCACCUCCAGCUGGUCCAGGUCCAUCCUGGUCUCUGUGAGAUCGGAUCAAACCAGGAAGAGAAUCAGACCCUGAUCCAGGAACAGCAGCACCUGAUGGAGAAACUCAAGAAACACGAGGCGGAAGUUCUUUCUGUGGUGGAGAGGAACCAACAGAAUGAGCAGAGGAAGAGGACGAGGAUGAAGAGUGAAGAGACAAUGAACACGAACAAGAACAAGGAGGAAGUGCAUGAGGCCAUGGAGGUGUCUCUGAAUGAGGGAUGGUCUCUGCUCCUCUGUCUGCUACAGAGACGACAGGAAGUCCUGACGCUGGCUGCAGAGUUUUACCGCCGAGCUCUGGAGUUUGCCGUCAGUGUGGACAGAUUUGAGGAUCUACAGAUCAGAUCGGACAACGUCACACUGACUGAGGUGCAGCUCAGAUAUGACUCCAUGAGGAAAGAUCUUCUGGGAAAAUCUCUGCAGGUUUUAAGCAGCAGCAGCGUCCUGCUGCAGAAACUGAGACAGCUACAGAGGACCGAGGCCCUCCAGAGGAGAGGAGGAGUACUGCAGGACCAGGAGGAAGAGGAGGAGGAGGAGAGCUCCCGGUGCAGCAGAGGGGUGGUGCUGAGGGUGGAGGAGCUGGUGGAGACGCUGCAGGAUCGGAGGAGGAGGGCUGACCAGGCCUUCAGGCUGCAGCUCCAACAGGUGGAGAACAACAUCAAGAAGGAAGAAGAGACCACAGAGGCUGAGUCUGAAGACUGGAGUCUCACAAUUCAUGAGAUCCUGGACCAGGACCUGCAGAGCACAGACCUGAGGUCAGAUUCAACAACAGCAACAGGAACCACAGACCUGCAACCAGGAUCCAGGUCAGACCUCAAGUCAGAAUCGAAAUCAGAUUACACUGGAGACCUUAACCCUGGAGCCAGUUCAGACCAGACACCAGGACUGAACUCAUAUCUGAAGCCAGAAUCCAGAUCAGAGGACACCAAAGACCUGCAACCCAGAUCAGAGUUGAAGCCUGGAUCUAAAUCAGACCUGUUUAAAAACCUGCAGUCUGGAUUCACAUUAAACCUGAUGGCUCGUUCUAGAUCUGACCCCAAGUCAGAUUCUAAAUCAGAGGAGAGUCGAAACCUGCAGCCCGGAUCUAGUUCAGACCAGACGCCAGGACUGAGAUCAUAUCUGAAGCCAGAAUCCAGAUCAGAGAAUACCCAAGACCUGCAGCCUAGAACUGGAUCAGCCUCACAGUCUGGAUCCAGAUCAGAGGAGUCAGGAUUAAAGUCCAACCUGCAGCCAGGAUCCAGGUCAGACCUCAAGUCAGAAUCUAAAUCAGACGAGACCGAAGACCUUCAGCUCAAAUCAAAUUCUGGAUCUAAACCAGACCUGAUCAAAAACCUGCAGUCUGGAUUCACAUUAAACCUGAUGGCUCAUUCUAGAUCUGACCUCAAGUCAGAUUCUAAACCAGAGGAGACCAAAGACCUGCAGCCCGGAUCUAGUUCAGACCAGAUGCCAGGACUGACAUCAAAUCUGAAGCCUGAAUCCAAAUCAGAGCUGCGGCUUAAAUCCAGAUCAGAAGAGACCAAAGACCUACAGCCUGGAUCUGGAUCAGCUUCACAGUCUGGAUCCAGAUCAGAAGAGUCAGGAUUAAAGUCCAACCUGCAGCCAGGAUCCAGGUCAGACCUUGAGUCAGAUUCUAAACCAGAUGAAACCAGAGACCUUCAACUUGGAUCAGAGAUGAAGCCUGGAUCUAAACCAGACCUGAUCAAAAACCUGCAGUCUGGAUUCACAUUAAACCUGAUGGCUCGUGCCAGAACUGACCUCAAGUCAGAUUCUAAACCAGAGGAGACCAAAGACCUGCAGCCAAGACCUAGAUCAGCCUCAGAGUCUGGAUCCAGUGAACAGGUGGCAGAGCUGCAGAGCAUGCUGGGAAAAGAGACUCCAAGUGAAGAAAGCCACGCCCACCAAACCCUCCUGACCAAUCAGAGGCUCCAGCUGCUGUCGUCAUGUGAACGCCUCAUCGACAAGGUGUGUACCUGUGUGCAGCAGGGCAGCAGUGUGUUGUCUAACAGCUGUGAAGCCGGACAGAAGCUCUCUGAGGCCGAAGACACUCUGAACACACAUCUACAGCUGCAGACACAAGCUGAGUCCACAGGCCUCGACGUAGAGAACAUGAAGCAGAUCCUGGAUCAGAUCAGAGCUCAGCACGCCAGUAGAACCAGUCCGCAGCCUCCCCCUGAUCCCAGUAGACAGCUGUCCCCUCUGAGGGCUCUGACAGAGCAGCUGAAGAGACGCUGUGCAGGAGGACAGACCAGAACCAGCUCUGCUCCUCCUGCUGCAGACCUGACGACCUCACUGAGUCCUGAACUCACUGGUCGAGUGGAUCAGGUCCUGAAGGAGCUGCAGAGUCUGAAGAUGAAGAUCGACUCAAACCUGCAACUGCUGCAACCCUACGUCUCUUUCCUCAGGACAGCCCAGCAGGUGGAGGAGGAAUUGGGAGAACUGGGGGACCUGGGGGAGCUAUACAGAAGGAGACCAGAGGAGGAGGAGGAAGGUGGUGGCUCCAGGUCAUCAGUGAAGAAGAAGAAGAAGCAGGUUGACAGCUGCUGGCAGGAAAUGCAACAGAGGCUUCUCACCUGUCAGGACCUGGGAAACAACUUCCUCCAUACUGUUACCAUGGUAUGUGGAUCAACGUUGAACCUGCAGUCUGUGGUGUUGGCGGUGCAGCAGACGCUGGAGCGACUCAGCAGAACCAAACAGGAAGUGAACGAGCUGCGGAGUCAGCGGGAAAUGCAGAUCCAAGAGCAGCAGGAGAACUACAGGAAGUACACAGAGAGACUACACAAGACUGUGCAGGACUUGACGAGUGUCUCUGAGAUGUUGGACUCGUGCACUCUGAUGGAUCUGGGUUCAGACCUGCAGACCUCCAGACUGCUGCAGCGCUUUGCUCAGGCCAAACCACAUUUUACUCAGCUGGACACUGAGGUGGAGUUCUUGGUGAAGAACUGGGAGACUGUGAGAGGAGUCCAGGACAGGCUGGAGGUGGAGGAGCUGAAGGGAGGAGCAGUGAAGCAGGAGGAACUGUCAGAGCUGCUGGAGCUUCAGGAGAGAGUGAAGAACAAGAUCAACGAGAGCGAGUCGAUCCUGAUGCUCAGCGAACGCUUCCACCUCACAGCCAGACAGCUGGAGGCGCUGCUCCUGUCAGAGCCUUUAACUGGUUCUACUGGAUCCAGUGAGGCCGAGCAGAGUCACCAGAUCCAGAGUCUGUAUAAAACGGCGUCAACACUGAAGACAGACAUCUGCUCCGCCCUCAAACACUCUGGUUGGACAGGUUUCAGAGUGGAGCAGCUGGAGAAUCGUCUUCACUCUCUGGACUCACUUCGUGUCUCGUGGCUGAACGAAGCAGCUCAACGUGAAGAGAAGCUCCGCAGACAGCUGCUGACCCGCCUCCUCAACGAUGACAUCGCCCAGCUUCGUGACUCCUUUAAGGAGCUGAAGAAGCGUUUCAGCAACCUGAGGUUUAACUACCUGAAGAGAAACGACAGGAUGAGGAACAUGAAGGCCGUCAGGAACCAGCUGCAGCAGGUAGAGCUGUACGAGGAGAAGCUGCAGGCGCUCAGGAAACGUCUGCAGGGAGUGACAGCCCGGCUGGGGUCAGAGGUCAAGGAUGGGGGUGUGGCCAGGGAGGCGGAGGACACCAUCAACGAACUGCAGAGACAGAUGGGAGAGUUUGAGCGAAGUGUCAGCGAACACCAAAAAACACUGGAGAUGACCUGCAGGCUGCAACAGGCAAUGGAGGAGUAUCAGUUCUGGUGUGAGGAUGCCAGUGCGACCAUCGCUCGCGUCGGGAAGUUUUCCUCAGAGUGUCGCAGCACAGAGGCCGUCUCUGUUCUCUACCGACAGUUUGAGAAGUUCGUGUGGCCAACGGUUCCUCAGCAGGAGGAGAGGAUCAGUCAGAUCACUGAGCUGGCUGUCAGGCUGCACGGGGUGGAGGAAGGGCGGAGGUACAUAGAGAAGACGGUCGGUAAACACUCAGAGAUGGUGGAGUCCAUCAGAGAGCUGAGUGACGGACUGAUGAAACUGGAGGCCAAACUGAAGCUGGAGAGUCUCAAACAGCAGCAGGAUGACGAGGAGAAAGAGAUAAAGGAAGAGAAAGAUGAAGACGAAGAUGAAGAGGAAGAUGAAGAGGAAGAGGAAGAGGAAGAGGAAGAUGAGGAAAAAGAGAAGUUAAAUGAAAAAGGGAAGACGAAGCAGAAGGAGCAGACAGAUAACCGCAGCACACAGGAGGCGCCUGACAUGUAUGAGCUGAAGGAAACAGGUCACACCCCUGAAUUGACCACCGAGCAUGAUGGGAAGGAGGUUCACAUGAAGAGGGAGACCACAGCCAGUAGGAAGCCUCCAUCACAGAAGAUCCGCAGUCAGGAGGCUGCUGAGAACAGACAAUACUCUGCCUCUUCCUACUGCUCCACCCAUACCUUCAGCCUCUCCUGCUCCCCAGCAGAGGCCAACCGACGGGUCCACGCCAUACACAGCCAAUCACAGCCUGCCACCAUUGAGGCCACGCCCCCUCCCUGUGUGAUUGGCCCGUCAUUCUCAGACAUCCAGAGGGAAUUUCAGAGGAAGGAGGCGCACCAUGCUUCAAACAUGACACCGCUUCAGGAUGCAUCAGCAGGAGGCCUAUUGGAGGCAGAGCUUCAGCAACAGGAAGCCAUGACUGAGGAUUCUCUUUCUAAUGACGAAUACGAUUGUGUGUCACCUGAUGACAUUUCCCUGCCGCCACUGGCAGAGACGCCAGAGUCCUUCAUGGUUCAGUCAGACGUUGAGGAAGGCUUCUGUUUCAGCUCCCACAGCGUCCACAUCAACCAGUACAGCCACCAGCCAGAGCACACUGGCACUGGUGCAGUCCGACAACGGAGAGAGUCCAGCCAGAGUUGUCCAACUCCUCCGACCAGCCGUCACAGCAGUACCAGGUUCAGAUCAGAGUCCAGUUCAUUUGCCCAGAGUCCACUGACAGUACCUCCUCCUAACAUGAUCACCAGCACUCUGUGCAGCAUUUUGAAGACUGGAAAGACCAUCGACCCCAAACCAAGCUUCCCCUCUGGAUCUAACCCAGCCCACAAGAGCAACACUCCUCAGAGUUGUUCCAACAAAGACAGAGAUGUCCCUGAGAAGAAGAGCCCCCCACAAACUGAUCCCUUAUUAAAGGAGCACAACAUCCAGGACAACCAGCCUCAGAGGAGUGCAGGUACUCAGGGUAAGAUCACCCAAAACGUUGAUGAGACCAUUCCACAGACUGGUCCCAUUCACCAGCUUGCAAAGAUCAAUCACAGCACCACCCUGCCCCAGCCCACCUUUUGUCCUCAGCACUCUAAUGGUCCAGACCCCGAUCUCCACAAGGACAAGAACCCUUCACAAGACACUAGGUCCCUCAAAUUUGGCACUUCCAUUUGUCAGGAGAGUGACCUAAAUCAGGACAUGAAUUCCUUCCAAACUAGGAAGGAAACAUCCCCAGCUUCCAAACCCCAAAGUGUCAGUCCCACCAACACCAGCACCAGUACAGUUACCCAGCAGCCCAUUUACUUCCAGUUCUCCCAUUCAGACAGUCAUCACAACUUUCCAAAGAUUGAUCCAGUCCCUAAUGCUAAAGAAUUUGCUCAGAGCCUCACAGACACUGUUUUUUGCAAAGACAAGAGUCAGGAGACUGGGCUCCUCAAAUCCUGUGCAACUUCCAUCCAACCCACCACAACCCUCUCUCAAGACACCAAUCUUUCACAGUCUUACCCAGAUUCUAGGAGUGGCCUUGAUCAGGAUGGACCUUCCUCCCAAACCAGCAAAGAAACAUCCUCCAUUUUCCCCCAAAACAGCAGCCUCAUCACAGCCACUUCUGUCACUAAACAAACUAUUUCCUGCCAACCCUCCCCUCUAGAUAGUCAUUGCACAUUGCCAAAGGGAAGCAGCAGCCCCUUAUCCCAGUGUAAGAUCUUGCCACAGAUUGAUCGAGUCCCCCAAGUCAAAGGGUUUGCUCAGAGCCUCACAGACUCUUUUCUCCACAAAGACAAGACUCGGGACACCGGACUCCUCAAAUCCUCUGCAACUUGCGUCCAAACCACCACAAGCCUCCCUCAAGAUCUUUUACCGUCUUACCCAGAUUCCAAGAGUGGCCUUGAUCAGGAUGGACCUUCCUCACAAACCAGCAAAGAAACAUCCCCAGUCUUCAUGCCCCAAAGCAGCAGCCUUGCCACAGCUACUACAGUCACCCAACAAAGCGUUUAUUCUCAGUCCUCCCCUCCAGACAGUCAUUGCACCUGGCCACAGGCUAGCGGCAAUCUCAGGUCCCAGCAUUUAAGCCCCUUCUCCCAGGAUAGUGGGGGUCUACCUGAGGUCCAUGCUCCCAUUCCCCCAGAGCCAAACAGUGUCAGCAAUAUCAGCAAAUCCAGCAGCACCAUCACCAACAGUGAUAUAUUCAGGAGCAAGCAGAGCCACCAGACAGCCUACUCCUUCCAAGAGUCCUUGACCUCCACCUGUACCCAGCAGUGUGUGCAUGACUCUGGCAUGACUCCCAGCAGCACCGCCAUGCCUGCUGCUCCUCCUCAGCCCAAACCACAGACCCAAGCUUUGGCUCAGCAGGCUAAUCUGCAUGUCACACCCCUUUCCUCUCCAUCCCAUCUACUAACUCCAGAGCAAGAUCCAAACAUUUGUCAGCCCGUGGCCAUCCGUGAGGAAAUCAGACUUACUCCUCAGAUCCAAUGGCCUCCCCUUCCUGCUCCUCCUCCUCCUCCUCUUCCCCAGGGACAGGCAGAGUCUCUUCCCCAGGGAAAAGCCUCUAAACCUGGACCUCCCUGCUUCACCAGGCCCCUGUCUAGAGCUACCGUCAUGGAGGGCUCUCCAGUGACACUAGAGGUGGAGGUGACGACACAUCCAGAGCCCACGCUCACCUGGUGUAAAGACGAAGAGGUGUCAGCCACGGGCCCGGGCCGAGCGCUGCUCUCCUGCGAGGACGAGAAACACUUCCUGUUUAACCCCGAGGCGUUGGACUCCUAUGGUGGGCUGUACGAGGCCCGGGCUGCUGAACGUAAAGACAGCAGUGAUAAAUGGCUAGUGGCGGAAGUGUUUGACAUCAUCAGUGAGGACUGGCAGAGCUGGUUCGGUACGCUGUGUGUUCUGCUGUGGCUGCUCUACCUGGUUCUACUCUGAUGACUCUUUU